AUGCACGGCAAGAAUUUCCUCCUCGACCCAGAGGAGGCAGAGACAUUUCUGCACGGCACGAACCUUUUACUUGUCCCAGAGGAGGCAGAGACAUUGUGGGAGACCCGAUCUUGCCCAGAGCUGUGGGAGCCCGAUGUCGUGGCGGAGGAGUGCGACGUCGUGACGGAGGAAUGCGACGUCGUGACGGAGGAGCGCGACGUCGUGACGGAGGAGUGCGACGUCGUGACGGAGGAGUGCGACGACGUGACGGGGGAGUGCGACGUCGUGACGGGCUUCUGGGUCAGGCCCCUCGCAGGCAAGAAGUACCAAGAGUCGCAACAGAGGUCGCGGGCGAGCAGGUACAAGAAGCGGAGGACACCAGUCACUGAGGUCACCGGACGCACGCAUGUUCACGACGCCAGUGACGCACGGAAUCGAGCGGCACGCACCCUGCCGCUGUCCACCUUGGAUACGACCAGCCGCUACAUACUCAGACAGCGCACGCUGAGGGACGGCAUCAAAUCUCUACUCAGUCCCGAAGAGGCUGAUCAUCUAUGGGAGACCCAGAGCUGCCCCGAGCUGGGAUAUUCCGACAUCUGGACGGAGACCUGUGCCGAUACCGCCGCCGACCCGAUGACACGCUUCUGGGGUGACGAUGUGUCCCUGGCCGCUGGCUUGAACAUUGGUUCUUGGGAAGCCAUGGACGCCAGAAAUCAGGCGGCACGCACUCUGCAACUACGGAACGCCAGGGGCACGCUGCCUGGCGGCAUGCAACGUGGCGACAUCAUCCGCCAGGACGACGCCGUCGACGAGAACGACGCGCCUGGCUCCAGCGUGGACUUGGAGAGAGCGUUGUCGGACGUGAUGGACCAGUCACCUUUCGCCGAGGACGCCGCUGGCGACCUCGGAGAUCAGGCUGAACCCCCAGGCGCGCCGCGGGACGGUGCCAGCGGUAGCGCAGAGCCAGUUGAUCGCCCAGCAAAACGCAGACGUCGCAGUGACGGCGAGUCCUCCGUGGACGCGUUGAGCCGGUAUUCCAAAAGAGGGCUGCAGGCUCAUGAUGACAUCACAGUUUCCAGGGAGAUUGUGACCGACGACAUACAGUCUAUCUACGCACGCCUCUACACUCUAGUCACGGGAGCGAUGGAUGGGGCUUGCGAUGCACUUUGGAGGGUGGUCGCGUGCGCUGUCGCUCUACACUGCUUCCGCCUUUGCGAUAUUGGUCUUCGGGAGCACUGCCUGUUGCUGCACAUCCUGCUGCACGACGUCGCCAUUCGCGCCCACGGUGGGGAGCUCUACAUGUACGCUGACGGCAGCUGGCUUCCCUUUGCAGGCCUGGUUGCCGAGUCGGUGUUGGCCCAAUGUAAGCGGGGCCUCCUGCGGGUUGAAGGGCUCCUCCUGCUCGUGGACACGUGGAAGAGGGCCGACGACGCUGCCUUCGUGGAAAAGUGCAAGGUCGCAUGGACAAGCCACGGCGAUACUUCCAUCGCGUUCACCGCCCACUGCGAAGUGUCCGCGUCCAAGGGGAAGAGGACUAGCUCGCGGUCCCAGGGCCCUGCCCCAGGUGAAGCUGAGAAUCCUGCUGGUCCUGAACAACAAGGGGAUCCCCAUCUACAAGGCGAGCGUGAUGAGGCAGAACCCAACGAGUCCCAGGGCGAGUUUGCAGCGAAGAUGGUGCAGAAGCUGUCCUCCGCUCUGCAGAACGAACUGUUGGGGACGAAGCUGAUUAAGCAUUACGGCGAGUGGUGUUCGACUCCGAAGAGACCAGCCCCUGGCGUGUGCUUUAAAGACGCGUGCUUGAUGUUCGGCCCGAACGGGGAGGACACGUUCGUCGAGAAGGCCCAGUCGAGGAACGUGUACAUACACGUGCCCCACGCACUGAAGGACCCCGUCCAGGAGGCCGUAAACACGGAGCUGCAAACCUUUCUGGGCCAGACAUUCUGGGACAACGGCUCCGCCCUCGACUGCCAGCUCGCCGCCAUGUGCCUCGUCCUCCAGGGGGAGAACAUAGACCGCUGCUUUUGGACGAUCGGGCCUGGUGGCGUGGGACAAUCUCUGCUGACCCACCUCGUGGACAACGUCUUCUCGGGCCUGCACGCGUUCCUCGAUACAACGGUGUACUACGACGACCACGAAUUAAGGAAACAGGCGGAGCAACUCGUCCACAAGCUCAUUACCACUGGACAGGAAGCCGUCGAAGGGUCGAAGCACGGGUUCCGCGAGGACCUGUACAAAAAGCAUAUAUCGGCCGAUCCGAUCGCAGCUCGCCUGCCGUAUGGCAUUGUCACCCACCUGGUCUCCCUCCAAGGCUGGAAAAGAUUAGAGCUCAACAAAAUCAUUCGGUUCGCUGGAGUCACUGCCGAGAGCAUCAACAGCAUCGAACGCCGCACGUGGGCGUGCAUCAUCAAAUCCAGGUUUGUCUCGCCAGAGGUACUCAGCACAAUACCCGACGCGGCGUCGAUGGGUGUGUUCGCCAAGAAUCCAGGCUUGAAGACGUUAGUUCGGUCUCCUCAGGUCGCGCCAGCGAUGUGGAGGAUUUUGCACGGGUUCAUGAGGAGCCAUUCCCGCAGCGAGUCCUUCGGCAUGAUUGAGGAGUAUGCCGAGGGCGGGGACGGCUGCACCACCGUGGACUGCGUGUACGCGGCGACGGGCGUGCAACGCCGCAGCAGGGCGACUGGCGCAACCUCUGCCCCACCUGUACCAGGAGGGCUCCCUGCGCCCUUCGACCCGAUGGCAGCCCAGGCGGAGGCCGAUCGGAAACUCAGCCUGACACUAGCAGUCGCGCUGUUGGAGAACCGCGUGGACUCCAUCACGGCAGAGGAGUUUGCGAACAAGCUUGGGCAUGGCAUUGUAUCUGGGACUGCGGAGAAGAGAAAGUCGGAGUUCGAUCGCCUUGUCACAGCUGGCCUCUGGGUCAAGAACGGCACUGGCAGUAAAGGGAACACGUCUUACGUACCAGCGCAUUGCUUCGCGCGCAAGCCCGGCUGCCACUGGCCUGGGCAUGCGGACGACGACUUGCCAGCCCUUCAGGAGCAAGUGCGAUGCCGGAGCGUCAUAGAGUAUGCCGGCAACGCUCCCCGUUGCCAGAACGUGGCCGCAUUACAAGAAUACUGGCGCGAGAUGUGCGACUUCCUGGUGCCGCGGCAGCGGGGCAGGCUGUCGGCGCGGCAGAACGACAUGAAGAACGAUUUCGCUCACAAAGGCGAGAAGCUGGUUCACCAGGAGCGCGAGCUUCAAAGACUGGCAGAGCACAUGCGGAGCCAAGUUGGAGACGCCGACGGCGUCGCGCCCGAGACAUCGACGUACGCGGCGUCAUACUCAAGGAGGGGCAGUCGCCGUUCACGGCUAUACCUGGACACCUACGGCGUGCAGGCCCUCAGCAACGCAGCGAAGCACGUGGUCAUCCCCGACGCGCACGACUGGGACAUCUCGAAGUGCAUGUUCACGAUCGCCCUGCAACUCCUCAGCAUGGCCACUGCGCUGAUCUCUCACGAGGCGAUCCAGUUCGAGUGCAUCACUGCACUCACAAAGAGCAAUGCAGACGUUCUCGGCCAGCUUGGGGUGCCUUACAACGCUGGCAAGAAGCUUUUCCUCAAGGUCGUGAACGGCGGGCGCAUCCCUGAGGAGUACUCGACGAACAGCUUUUUGAAGGCAUUGCAGCAAGAAGGGAUACUACUACGUUGGUUUGCAGUGGCGAUGGACACGGAGGCGCACGCGGCCACCGCCGAGGCAUGCAACGGGAAAGCUUUGCACCAGCAGGACCCGACAAAGCACAACCCCGCCGCCUCCUCGUGGUACUACACUUGGACUCUGGUGGAGGACCUGAUACUCAACGCAUGGUCGGGGCACGUUAUCUCAACGCUACGGAACGUGUCGCAUCUGAGUUUGCACUACGACGGCCUCAUGAUCAACCCCGAGGCGGUCGCCGACGACGAGACGUUUGCUGCAGACUGCCAGGGCGCCAUCUUGCGGGCCACUGGGUUCGACGUGUCCAUCGUGCGGAAGACGCUGCACACCUUCCUCGAGUUAGCGAAACUGAACGGCACCCACGCCCGGGCCCCGUUCCCAGUCUUGCCGAAGAGCCUGCUCAAAAACGGCAAUUGCAUCCCCGCUGCGCUGGCAACGGCUACCCAGCGCCAGCAAGCCAUUGGCAGACUGGCAUCAGCGUCAAAUGCAGUGAACAAGGCUGCAGAGCGCAAGGGGUGCCGAACGUACGAGGAGGCAUCGAGCAUGUGCGAUGUACACUUGCAUCCCCUCAGAACUCCCGAGCAGCGACUUGCCGAGGGCUGGUAUCUCCUCCAUGUGGAGAACAACGGCUUGCAGCACUGCGUCCCCAUGCAGGCUACGGCGGCCGCGUGUACGAUCGUGGAGAAUGCCGAUGCUUGGACGGUGCCGCGGGAUGCAUGGAAGACAUAUUGGGACGAGGCCGUAGAUCGCAAGUUUCUGGUUCUCUUUCAACUGGCUACCGAAGAUUUGCCCGGCGACGCCCCAGAGAGGCAUUUGCUACGCUUCGCCGCUGGAGCGAGGGCGCAGGUGAAAAGUCGCCAGUACAACUCGUACCCGACACCGAAGAGGGGCAAGCAGAGACUGCUCCAGGGCGGGGCGCCAGCCAAGACGAACAAAGGCAGAACGGGCGUCAAGAAGACAGCCAUGAAGAGGUCAGCCAUGAAGCGACUCCGCAUCCCGAAGAAUAUCCCGUACGUGCCCGCGCACCAGAAGGCGCCGAGGGGCGAGUCAGCGGACAGGAUGCAGGCGUGGAGCACGACGCUCACCGCGCUGGCGAAGAUGACCCACAAGCAGACAAUCGACCACCUCAGGGACGUUGGUAUAUUGCCGUGGUGGGACAAGGGCAGCACUUGCCCGAUCUGCGGCUCCAAUCGGCUGGGGCCGUUGAAGUUCGACAAGACGAGGGGGUGGACGCACAGGUGCAACUCGAAGGCUUGCAUGCGCUGGGUGCAGCCUCACGCCUGCCACCCCAUAUUCUCCUGGGCCUGGGGGGCCUCCUCGGUGCCGCUGAACAAGCAGGCGCAAGUCCUCUUUUGCAAAGUGGCUGGCGUGAAGUCAGGACAGAUACAUCUACUGACCGGAGUGCCCAAGAAAACCGUGGAGAGCUUAUCUGCGCGCUGGCGGCGGGCUGUCCAGGCGCACGUGCUCAAGCGCCAGCGAAGCAUGAAGUUUGGGAACCUGACUAACUGGACUGAGGUGGAGGUAGACGAAACGGUUAUCCGAGGCAAGAAAGAUAAGAAGAAGCAGCGUGUAAUUUGGUUCAGCUACUGCGGUCUUGUUACGCGCGGCGAUCGGCGGUCCCUCGUCUUGCUGAGGCUGCCGACGAAGACCACGCGUGCCAAGAGGCACGGCAAGGGCAAGGGCUCGUUCGCCUCGCCGGGCCCUAUUACGAAGAAAGAUUGGCUUCCUAUCUGCGAGAAGUACGUCACGAAGCGGAAGAUCAUACUCCACAGCGACGGCGCUAGGGCCUACCGCUACACGCGGGUGCCUGGCGUGAUCGUAGACACAGUUCGGCACAAGCGCCCGCGGCCAAUCUACGCAGCACGGUGGAGACACGUCCUGCCCUUGGACUUCUUAAAGACAUCCAAGCCGAAAUCAGCGUGGGGCGCUACGGAGGUGAGGUGGGUGAAGAAGGGCACCCAGAUCAUCGACAAAGUCUGGGGGACGCUCAAGUCCUUGAUCCCGAAGGGCACGCAUGCCCACCAGCAUCAGGUUGAAUCGGCUGUCCGCGAGGCCCAGUGGUUCCUGUGGAACAAAGAUAGGGACCGUUGGCGCGCAGCGGGAGAGGUCUGCCAGUAG